UAUUCUGCAACUACAUCUUUUGUCGUAAUCUUGUUAAAUUAACUAUGGAAAUAACUCAAUGCAAUCUCGAAGUCUAUCUAUUACGAAACACAGACACAUCUUGUCUCUUCGUAACAAAGUCCCUUUACUUCAGGUAUCUUUUUUUAAUAGUAUACAUUCCGGGAAGAGGGGUAGAAGGAAGCGAAAGAAUUUGGCUAUAGUUUUGCAUUAUAGGAAUUUACUAUAGUGCAUUAAAUGUGCAGCGCCGUAUAUGUUAUAUGAUACCUCGUGAGAAAUUUUGUUCUUUUUACAUAAAAUUUUAAACAUUCUUAUAUAACGAUAACGAAGCACAAAUUCUUAUUCUUCAGAUAUUGAGAUGUACUGCUAUGGAUCUAUAUUAUUUCUUUUAUGUUUUUUAAAUUUAAAUUACAUAUUCUUAUAUAUUCUUAUAUACAUAUAUAUCCUUCAAAUUUUAAAAGAUUAUAUAUAUUAUGACAAAGUAUGCUUUAUAGCGUAUUAUAUAUAUUUUGAGAUUAUUGCAGUUUAAUGUCAGAAUAUUUCAAGUCCUGCAAUAUUAUAUCUGCUUCUUAAUCUUAUUGUCAAUAAAAUUUCACAAUAUGUUCAUAACAUUAACGAAUGAAUAAAUUAUUUAACAGUGCUAAAAUUUUUUUAUAUCUUUGUAAAUUACGAAGGACAACAUGAAAGCGUUUAUGGUCUCGUUGUGGGUCUUAAUAUUCAUCUUACGUUACUGCUAUUUUGUGUAGUAAUCGAAAGAGAAGGGCAAAAGAAAAACUUGACUAGGCCUUACGCCUUACGCCUUACGCUCAUUCACAUAUUUCAGGCGUUUGUAGAACUGUCUAUGCUCGCGUAGAAACAUAUAUUAUGUCUAUAUCUAUAUAUGUACAUAUAUAUAUGCCCUUCUGUUUACAUAUCUCGUGCAAUAUAGCGUUUAUAUCGUGUAUUAUUAAUAUAUUAAUUUUAUUGUGCAUUGUUAAUAUUAUAGUAUUAAAAAUUUGUAUUUCAAAAUGUCUUGUGAAUUUAAGACGUUGUAAAAAGAAGGUACGUACUUUACGCAAAUGUGUGAUAUUUAUUUAAUACAUUUUUUAUAUUAAUUUGUACGCAUAGCUCUCAACCGGCAAAAAAAAAUAUUUUCAUAAAAUUGUCUUUAUUGAAUUAUCAAUAUAAAGUCUCGUGUUUUAUAUUUUUUCUAUAAAAUUAAUUCUCUCUGUUUUCCUGUAGGUUCUAUAAGGCACACGCGUGCAUAUAUAUUAUAUAUAUAUGUAUAUAUGUAUAUAGCAUAUAUCAAAACAGAAUGAUUAAAAUUUUGGUAUUUUUUGGAAGCUGGCAAAUGAAAGAUAUUUUAAGUACAGUAUACAACAAGUAUAAAAGAUAAUGUUGAUUUAUCGAUAUCAAACUGCUAGGCUUGACAGCUUCAAAAAUUGGACCGCAUCGUACAUAAAACCUGAGAAACUUGCAGCAGUUGGUUUUUAUUUUACUGGCCGAAAUGAGUCAAUUAAAUGUUUUGAGUGUCAUUUAGAAAUAUCCAAAUGGCCAAGCGGACUCGGUGUAGUAGCAAAUCACAAAAUUUUUUCUCCAAAAUGCAAAAUUGCUCGUCAAUUUUCUUGUAAUAAUGUACCAACUAAUCUCGAUGAUAAAAGAGAUAAAUACGUUUAUGAUAUGGAGCAUAACGAGUUUAUGUUACAUAUAAAAAUAGCCAAGCAUCCAGAAUAUCGCUUUUAUCAAGCUCGUUUCGAUAGUUUUGCAUCGUGGCCUCCAGCGAAACACCAAACUAGGGAGCAGCUAGCAGAAGCGGGAUUUUAUUAUACAGGACACCUGGAUGAAGUAUCUUGCUUUUAUUGUGGCGUAAGUUUGAUGGAUUGGGACGAUAAUGAGGAAUCUUGGGAAAUGCAUUAUAGACGGUCGUCUACGUGUUUUUAUAUACUCACGAUUAAAGGAGAGAAUUAUUUACAAAAUCUCCAGAAAGAUAUUUAUGAAAAACAAAAAAAUCUAGUGAUUUAUAAUACUAUCCCAGCAAUCAAAUUGGCAUGUUGUGAAAUGAAAACACAAGGUUCCCAAAGUUCACAGACUAACACAAAAAAUAUAAGAGAUAGUAUUUCAACGCUGCCAAUUAAAAACGAUGUAACAAAUAACAUUUUAACGCCGUCAAUUAAAAACAAAUAUAUUAAAAACAAAGAUUUUGAUAAGUUAUAUGAUACAAAAGCAGAAAGUUCUAAAUCUCAUGACGAAAGUGAUGAUGAAAGUAAAUUAAUAUGUACAAUUUGCUAUGCGAAGGAACGGAACAUCUUAUUUCUGCCAUGCGGUCACAUAAUAUCGUGUAUCAAUUGUUCCAAAAGGCUAAACAAUGUAUGCCCUUAUUGCCGUAAAGAAAUAAAAUCCACAAUUCGAGUUCGCUAUAAAUAGUAUUCCUGAUCGAAAUUUAUAAAUAAAGAUUUGAUACCAAAAUCUGUCGCUUUUUUUUUUUUUUAAGUAUUUUAAAAUAAGAAUAUUUUGAAAAAUAUAUUUAUUACAUAAUCGAUUCAUCUUAUAUACUUGGUAAAACAUAUUUUAUUAUCAUAAGUUGCUGUUUACAAAAUUCUAUAACAAAAUAAAUUGAACAAUUGGCUUAUAAAAAUCGGUAAUAUUUUUACAAAUUACAAAUCAUUGUAGAAUUAUUAUAAAUUACAAAUCAAAUAAAUAUUUUUAACAGAUAUUGCGAAGAAUCUUGUGUGCUUUGUUAAAAUAUUCGGAAACGUUUACGAAGUGCGUCACACAUACACACAUCGAUACGAAAAUGUAUAAAAAGAAAUAAAGUUUUGACAUAUUUAUCGUGACGACAUUUAUAUAUCAUAUUUUGACAUAUAAUACUUAUGCCUUAUGCAUUAAAAACGCUGUUAUAAUAUCAAUCUUUCGUUCAAUAAAUUAUUGCUUCCAGUUAUAGCUUCGUUUUAUCCAUUAUGCAAAUUAUUCUCAAAAGAGUGAAAAAAUGCAUUCUUUACUUAA